AUGUCUGGGACAACAGGAUCACACAUGUUUUUACACAAGGCAGGGGGGUUUCUAAAGGACAAAGAACAACUGGUGAUCUGCAAGCUAGUUCCACGUGACAUUGGGGAGCGUCCAGAGAUUCAAAUAUUCACCGAUGGAUCCGAAGAACCAAAUUCUAUUGUCAAAGUGAAGUCCUUUGCAGCCGUGCAAAAGGACGAUCUUGUCCCGAAGAUCGUCAAGGCAAAGUACGACAACUACAUCUGCAUCACCGGAAGUGGUAGUGGGACUAAACCUACAUACCUACGUACCGAUACAAGAGAGCAGAGGGACGAGUGGUGCAUCCAACUACAGGCCUUGAUGUCCAUAAAAACCACACCCAAUCAACACGCGUACCAGCAAUUGCAGCCCUAUCGAAUGAGAACAAAGACAGAUGCUGCUUCCAAUAGACCAGCCGCUUCCCGGGCUCGGAGAGGAGCCCCUACCACAGCACCUGGCAGCAUGCUUGGGAUUUUUCAAGAUGAGCUAGUCAAAGUCGUUAAGCAGAGGGUCGAUCCACCAGAACAUGUUGAGGAGACUGAAGAAAGCCAAGUUUGCUGUGGACGUCAUCACUUGGAGACUGGGGCGUCACACGACGCCCUUUGUCAACAUACAUACGAGAACAUUCACUACGUUCAUAAUAAGGAUGACUGGCGAAGACAGCAGCAAACCUCCAUGCAGGCCCUCAAAAAGAAACAAGAACUGUACCAAGAUUUCCAUUUGACAAAAAUGCUUCAGGAAAAGCCUGACCCGUUUGAGCACGUGUACGAGAUUCCAGAAUUUCCCAGGGAUCCCUUGCCCGAAAGUGCUAACCGUCUAUCCGGCUGUAGUACUUCGUCCGAAGAAUCCGAAGGAGGUGCUUCGGUCAUGUCAGCUCCUCAGAGUCUGCACAGCUGUAAAGAACCAACAGAGAGCAGUUGGCCACCUAGUCCUACACCGUCGGAUGAUUCAGAGCCCGAAUGUUCUGAGAGAAGCCCUCCAAGCUCACCAACAUGUACAAGAGAAUUGCCAGGAGGAAGAUUUUCACACCAAAAGGAACCCGAGGCUAGUAUGUGCCUGAAUGAACAGAUCUAUGAAAAUACGACCAGAACUGACUCUAGAACCACAACACCACCACGACCAGCCUCUGUACGGAAUGACGCCAAUCCCCAUGUCCCACUGCGUACAUCAAGUAUGCCGUCGGUAACGGCUAAGCCAGUCCCUCCGAAGCCACCGAAGAAAAGUCCAGCCAAAAAGUUAGAAACACAAUGCAAGAAACUUAAAGGGGAGAAGCUAUCAGGAACAGCAACAGUACGUAUCGCCAAAACUAUCAUCGUCCGGUACUUGCCUAUGCUAUCGCUGAAUGAAACCAGAGACAGUAUUUUAGUUAUGGAUGUUCCUUGCGAACUCAAAGAUUACUUCCGGGUAGGUGACCAGUGGUUGAAGGUCAAUGAUAAUAUGCUGAAAAACGUCCACUUUGCCCGAGACUGUGUUCGAAUGUCAGACAAACCGGAGAUCGAGAUCACGAUAAGGAGAAUCCCGUUUGGAAGAAUCUGUGACUUCCAAUGGAAUUCAGAUAAUGUUGAAGAAAUAGGGUUGAAACUCAUCGGAAACGAGAUUGAGCGGGUAUUUCAAGAAGGUCUGGCUCAUCGCAGAGGAUCUCUACAGUCUAACGAUAUCGCGUGUCUGAACAGUGCGGGCUUGAGAUGCAACUGCGUCAUCACUGAGGUCAACUUUGACUGCGUCCACCCCGAUGCAUCUACAGAACAGGUAUGGGAGAUGAUUAAGAAGGCAGGCCGCAUUGUCAUUCUCAUCCUCCAUCCCGUGGACUUCCGUACCGUUCAGAGGGGCUACGACAUCGACGAAAACGACAUGUACGAAGAUGUGCGAUCGUAGGUCAUUCUAGCAACAUGCCCAAUGGAACUACAAAAUGGCAAUCGCAUAAUAUGACUGGCAAGUAAGAUCACUCACUAAAGAUCCUCAGAGGAACUACAGGGGGCUAGAACAAGAGUACACCAGCAAAAUGCGCAAUUACACAAGAACAAGAAUUAUAGUGACUAUUCAAUGAAUAAACUCGAGAACCUGUCAUCUUGGGAUUAAACACUGAACAGUCUUUAUCAGACCAUGGAUUUUACUAGCCAUGAUCAGACGUGAUUGUCUCAAUCAAACGAGACCCGAAUGACAAAAGACAAUCAUACUCAUAUUACAGAGAGAAAGACAGCUGACAUUCUUGAGGAUUAACUGAUGGCAGAUCAAGUGUUCUCGAGCACUGGCUCAAAUCCAAUGACCUGAACCUCUUUACCUUCUUAUUCAGUAUCCCUACUGGCAAUUUUUGUAUCAAGUACCGUCGAAAUCUCGAAGGUACCGUCAGACUAGUUCUGGACUGUUCUCAAUUUGUCUUAGCUACGUGCGCGCUCUCUCGCACACAAGCUCUAUGUACAAAAUAAUUACGAAAACAUGUUGAUUAUCAAGCAGUCUCAAUAUUUGA